AUGGCAACUUUGCCUAGAAUGCACAAUUCUAAACCGGGGCCUGGUUUACCAUCUCCGUUUAGUACUAGCCCGCGGAAACUACAAGAGAUGGCGCUGCCUCCAUGUGAAGGGCACGAUGUCACUACUGCAAGCGGUAUCAGCAUGAAACAGUAUGAGGAACAACUGAAUGGCUUGAGAAAGGAAAACUUUCAUUUGAAGCUAAGGAUAUAUUUCCUUGAAGAAAAACUGGGUACUGGAUCGCCACCAGCUGUUCAAGGUCUUUUGGAACACAAUGUCAGGCUUCAAGUGGAAGUGGAGGAAUUGAGAAGGCAACUGACUGAUAAACAAGAGCUUCUAGCUGCGGCAGCUGAAGCCAUUGACGUCUUGGAGCAACAAGGCUCCAUAUCGACUGAUAGUGUGGAAAUAUCCAUGAAUAAUAGUAAUGUGAUAAAAAAAGAAGUGUCACAGGAUCAGGAACCCGAAAAGAAGGAAUUGGUUGAUGAUACGUGCGCGGAGUCUGAAUCGGCUGGGGAUUAUUUGGCUGUAACAGUAAACAAUGAUGAUUUGGAUGAACUUGUUAAACUACGCAGAGAGAACAAAAAAGCCUUGCAAAUGAUAAAAGGAUGUAUGAAAAAAAUUCAACAGCAAGACAGAGAAAUAAAGAAAAUUAAAUUGGACAAAGAAUUAGUCUACGCGCAUGUUAGCGAUUCGCAAUUAGAGAAAUAUGAAGAAAUUUUAAAAUGUAAAGAUGAACAUAUCAAGGAUUUGGAGAGCAAAGUCAGGGAUUUACAAAAGCAUUUCGAGAAAGUUCAAGAUGUUGACGCGGGAAAUCUUCAGCAGCUACUUACUAAACGACUGCAAGGAUUGGCUUAUUUCCUCGACAAACUUCUGUCGCACAAAUGUGUACUUGGCGAGGAUAAGAAGAAGUUGGCUGAAAGUAUACUAGAACAAAGUCUUGCCUUGCCUGUUGGUUUGGAAUUAGAUGAGUCAAUGGCACCAGAAGACUUCACAAUGGACGAGAGUAAUAUUGAUAUAUCACAGUCAUUGAGGAUUGAAGAUCUGACUAUGAUGUUUGGACACCACAUGGCUUGUAGCGAUGAUAACGCGAUGAAAUAUUCGGCCCAGAAAAAAGCUAUAAUGAAACAUUUUCCACAAGCAGACGUCAUUUCGGAAUCAGAAUGUUGGUCGGAGCCUGAUCGAAACGUAUCACUCGCUCGGGUUGGUCUGUGCGACACAGGUGUCGGCUUGCGCGAAACCAGUACCGACAAUAGCAAAGUACGGUCAAGACGCGCUCGAGUUUCUUAUGGUUCUCGAUCAGAAGACAAUAAACCAGUGUCCAGUGACACCUUGAUUGAAGAACUCAAUCUUCUUACUAAGAGAAGUGAGCACUUGGAGGAAGAGAACAAUGAUUUAAGUAAUAAAUUAGAAUUUACAAAAGAACAAAUAAAUGAUUUGAUUGCAGAGAACCACGAAUUAAAGGAAACGGUAACUUCACAAGAAUUAAGUUUGACUGAAGCUAAUAAAUCUAUAGAGGAGUUAAGAAAUACGGUCACGAGUUUGGAAUGUAAAAUUAAAGAUAUUGAGCAGAAGCUAUCAGACUCUGUGCUAUUAACUGAGAGACUGCGAUCGGAAAGACAAGAACUAGAAGCUACAUAUAUGGAGACAGAGCGUUCGCUGAGGCGUGCUGCAGAUGAGGCCACGGUCCAAGCCUCACAGGCGGCAUUAGAAAGAGCGCGCGCUCAACAUGACCGACUCCGUAUAGAAAGGGAACUAGAAGAGACACGUGAAAAACUUUCGAAUGCCUUAGAAAUAAAUUCUCAGCUCGAAAUUGAAGUAACACGCAAAAUGGCACUGGAUGCCAAUAAUAAAGUUGCCAUUGUACAAGAAGGACAACAUUCAGAAGAAGAACGACCUACUUCACCAGAUCAAGGAAUUGAUAGCGAUAGGUUGUCAAGCUUAGAACAAAACGAUCCCGUAGCACUUUCACCGCGUUCAUUGUAUGAAGAGAAUGUAACAUUAAAACAAAAGCUCGCGAGGACCAAGGCAACGCUCGCAGAAACAUUGAUGCAAUUGAAUGCAGCCAAUUUGCGCAAGAGAAGCGUUCAACGUGCUAUUUGUAGAGAGAUUCACAAGACUCAAGGAGUGUUGCGCAAAGCUCGUGACCAAUUUGAAAAUCAAUCGAAUAAUAAUUAA